AUGGCCACGACAAAUGUUCCUACUCCCCAGGAAUGCUGCCUCGGUCGCUAUGUCGUUGAAAGUUUUCAGAUCCCCGUUCCUGGAGGCGACUGCUCAAUCCAUCUGUUGUUAGAAGACAGCCCAGAGAGUAACUCAGACUACUGGCAAGAAAGGCUUCAUGUGAAGCACACUUACGAGACUAUUCGAAAAGUAGCUGGUCCAGAGCCCCGUGGGAAAGUGGUCAGCGCCGUGUUGGUUGACGGCGGCCAUGAUGGAGGCACGAAAUUUUCUGGCGAACACGCAGCAGAUGCCAUCAAAGUUGCACUGGAAGAGCUAGAAAAGACAUUUGGCACCCCAAUUAAAUUCACAUCUUGGGUGGUAACGCAUUGGGACCGAGAUCAUUACUCCGGUUCCCUAAGGAUGAUCAUCGAUGACUUGCAGCAAAGGUUUGACAUGGAUCUUCCUUUGCAAUCAAAGUACAUGAUUUAUCAGGGCACUACGUGUCUAACCACUCUAUACUGCCCAUUUUUUGGUUAUGGAACCUGGAACAAGACAAUCAAAGGGAAACCCAAAGGUCGGCAUUGGAUGCUGAGAAAAAAUUUGGACGAUCGUGACGAUCCAAAUCUUGUGGAUUUUCUGCUUCUCAAGAAAAAGGAUGACAAUACUUGGUACCGCGAUUUGAAAAGAUUUACAAAAAAUCAAAGCAGCCAAUAUAUUUACGAUUGGAUUCCACGUAUUUGCCGCGUGUGCGAGGGGUACGAGAACCUGGCCGGUGUGGAUUUUUUCUCCCCCUUUCCAUCUAACCCCAAUGAAAGACUAUUCGCAGCAAAUAUACACAAUCAGGAUAUAACAUUCCAACAACUGCUGGACCUGCUAAGUGAAAUGGACAAUCCUCAACCGCGUUUCCUAUGUGUCGGUGCUGAGGGUUAUGUCAUGGGUUCACGUAAGAAUACCCAGAAUGUCACAAAGCCAAGCGCGGCAACUCUGGAAAAUUUCAUCUCGAUAAUGUCGUUGAUCGUUUGGCCUGCACAUGAAACAAACAACGAUCAAGCCCGCGUUUCCUACUUUGGUGGUGGUGAUAGUUUUCAAGGAAGCGAGUCUAGGCUAUCGGCAUGGUUGGGUAACACACAUGUGUGUGUGGUCAAGGCCUCGCAUCAUGGCUCACACAGCUCAACGCCGUCAGCAAUGUUGGAAAAUAUGAAGCCCAGCAAAGUUAUUAUAUCGGCGGGAUAUGAAUAUGGUCACCCAAAUUGGACUAUAAUUGCCCUUCUCUAUGCCUUUUGGUGGCAAAUGGAGGAUGCAAGGAAGAGGGAUCCAAAUAACAGCCAGAGGUUUGAUGAGAAAGUUGCAUACACUCUGCGACAUCCUUAUUACCUCGAUAUCAAUGACUACUGUCAUCAUGGAACGUUGAAGCUUAGCAAGGUUGCUCUGAACAUGUCACAUAACCUUCCGAAAAGCAAAUUGGUCAAGUUGGAUCCCGAUAAGAAUUGGAAUUUGAACUUGAACAAGCAGAUCACCGAUAAAUUCGGAGGUCAAUACGUAAAAGGAGGGUUCUUGAACUGGCAUCUCCUGACGACAUUUGCGUUCUGUCAAAGCUACACCACGACACAUGCAACACAAGCAUUCAUGAAGUCCUACCCAUUCGGACUCCAGACUUACAAGAUGAGAGUUAAAGCCGAGGAUAUCAAGGUUUUACUUCACAUUACCGUUCUUCGCGAAUUUUGGGAGGCUAUCUCCCCCGUUGAUCAGAAUUGGUCUCGUAGUGGUCCGAGGAAGGCCAUCUUCAUUUGGACGCGUCAUUCAGACAACCCCAAGAUGGACGGCCGCGUGAGCCUUGUACAAGACUGGGUACAGAUUUGUGGAGGUCAAAACCCCCAAUCUGCUUUUCCUGAGGUCAACGGCGACGUCACGAACAACAGUACAAAUGACUCAGGGCAACUGCAAAAGCUCCGGCCCAGAAUCACUCCCCAGACAACCAAGCCGUCCGCACGACAAUUAACGAAGACUUAUGAUGAUGGCGGCGAUCUUGAUACCGACUUUUCUGAAUUAAGCAAGAAAAGUGAUAAGCUUUUCGCUGUAUCUUUCGAUGAUCCGAACUCUGAUCCGAAGUCUGGUCGAGAGGAAAUGGUGGCAAACGGCCUAAACGCCUGGGGUUACUCUGCUGACUUCGACAACGAGUACAUAAUCCCUGAUUUUAUUACCAACGAGUCUGUCAACGGGUAUAUAAGGCAAAUAGAAGUUCGAAAGCCCAUAUCUGUUUCCCGAGACGGGAAAAAAGCUGCACGGUACACGAAAGUGAGUACGGCGUUCGCUUUCUUUAUGGAAGAUACUUCAUUUGAGGAAAUACCGCAGAACGUGGGGUUAAAAGGAUUGGUGAAUAAGCGGCCAGGUCUUCGGAAGAAAGAUUCUUUUGAAAUAACCAAGAAGAAAUGGCAUGGUUCCUUAGACAAGAACGACUAG